CCACUUUACUUGUGUCAGGCAUUGGAAAUAUGAAGUGAAUUGAAAAGGAUCAACAAAGUUUUUGACGGGGGGCAUUUUUUUAAUAUUCGGUGCGGAAUGCAGGAGCUGUUGUGAGUACUUUCAUGAAGAUCUCAGGGCUGUGGUUCCUGAGACUUUUAAGCUGGCGCACGUAAUACUCCCUUGCCCACUGCUGGAAGGCUGCAGUGUGUGCCACAAUGCCGGAGAUAAUACAGAACCAGCCUCCUACUCAGAAACCAACAAAGAGGAAGAAGAACAAAGAGACGCACAAUGCAGUGGAAAGACACCGCAAAGAGAAGAUCAAUGCUGGUAUCAAACGAAUUGGAGACCUCUUGCCCUGCUCUCAGGCCUUAAAACAGAGUAAAAAUAUGAUUCUGGGUGAAGCAUUUCGUUACAUCACUGAGUUAAAGCAGCAGAAUGAUGAAAUGCUGCUCAAUGGAGGAGACAAAGUACAAGCAGAAGAGAUAAAACGCCUACGGCAGCAGUUGGAGGACUUAAGAAAGGAGAGUGCUCAUUACAUCGAGCUCCUUAAAGCUAAUGGCAUCAACUUUCUGGAUGACCCCACUAUACACUGGAAAGGCAAGCAACGCUGUACAAAAGUAGCGAAAAUAACACCAACUCACUUGAUGUCAAAGGGGAUAAUUGUGUACUCUAAUGGGAAUUCUACGGCUUGUUCUACAGCUAAAACAUGCAUUCCUUCAAAUUCUGUCUCUCACAUUGAUAAGCAACCAGUAAAUGCUAUAAGCAUCCAGCCAUCUUGUGACAUACAAAUGGGUGCAGGUCAAACGCUUGGUGUUACAGAUGGAGCACAAAUAAAUGAAAUAAUAGUCUCCUCUACUGCAUCAUCGCACAUUCCACUGGCCACUCUGAUUCCUGCUGUGUCUAAACCCUGCCUUGCAGUUGUAGAACAAUACACUGCUGUGGCACCAGUUGCACCAAAAUUGCCCCCUCCUGUGAAUUAUAUUACUCUUCAAGGCUUAUGUCCGAAGCUUGCGGUCACUGCACCUCUUCAGCAAACUCAGCCAGCGAACCCAACAUCAAGUCUUGCAUCUUCCACCAGUCUCACAACACCUCUUCAAAUUCAGCCUGUAAUUAGUCUUACCUCCUUGCCUCAAACAGUAGUCAAUAACCCCCUUGUGUCUGAUGCUUCUUCAGUGUACCAACAGGAUACUGAAAUAAGAUCCCUUGCCCAUACAUUACCAACCAGCUCUACCCAUCACAGGACCAGUGCCGCUAGCAGCACACAGACUACAUGGACAACACUACAACUCACUGGUAACACAGUACAGCCUGUUUGUCAAGCUCUGGCCACAGAAUCCAGUAACUCUGGGCAGAAUGUUCAGCAGCUGUCUGUAUGUCCAGUUGUGGCCAAUCCCCCAGUGCAUCCCACUCAUUUCCAGUUACAAACGCAAGUCUCUAUGCAACCACAAACCCCUGCACCAGCACACCUCCCUGUACAGUCUAGACCUCCCCAUUUGUAUCCAGCUAUACUUCCUCAGACAGCUGUAGUUACUCAGGCAUCACUUUUAUCACAGGCAACUGUGGUGUCUCAACCUGCAGUGCUUCAUCAGCCGUCUGUUGUACCCCAGACAGCAUUAUUGACUCAACCACAAACAGCUGUCGUGGCUCAGCCUACAAUAUUACCUAAAGCUGUUCCUCCAACCCAGUCCCACUCUUACCCAGCCAUACAACCUAAGCCUCAACUUCACCAUGCUACACCACCUCAGCCUGAUCCCCAACCUGCUAUGCCAUCUCAGCCUCAAGCCCAUCCAGCUGUAAUGCCCCAGGCCCAGUCUGCCAUUGUGCCUCCACUUCAGCACACUGUUGUGCCCCAGCCUCAAGCUGCCACACUGCCAGUACUUCAGGCCAUGCAGGUUCUGCAGAUGAACUCUGAUGGGACGUCAGUUAUUGGGACAACUCCCCCUCAAAACAAUCCAAAUGUUGUUAUUCUGCAGCAGGCCAGUCCAUGUCCAGCUCCACAAGUAAUUAGAGAAGAUGUAACUAGUCAGACGCCAUGCCAGCACAUAGUCAUUAUCCAGACACCAACCAUGACACCUGCUCCUCAAAAUCAUCCAACGAGUAUUGUGCCAGCUACAACCCCUACUUUGCCUAACCAGGUAACCACUUCGAACUCCCCCUGUACCACCUCUGUCCAAGCAAAUGUGACAAAACAGCUGGUUCACAUCCUCCCUCGUCCAUCUACACAGGUGCAGACACAGACACCCCAGACUAUCACUGUGAAUGGACAGGUUUAUGUUUUACAGUCAGUGAAGUCAGCUGAGAAGGGGAGCUCUCAGGUUAGCCAAAGUGCUACACAAAUCAUUCAACCCACCAGUGAGGAAUCCAAUGCCAAUGUUGCAUUAAAUUGUUUGGGUGCCCUCACUAGCCUUAGCCAGAGCAUUUCACAGGUCUCAAGUCAAAGCAAUUUACAACUACACACCAUUGCUCCACCCUCAAACACUACAGUACAAUCUUCUCCAGCCAAGCCUGUCUCGGUAUUCAGUGCUUCUGCUGAGACAGUUCUGCCCCCUACUGUCCCUGUGUCGUCAGCAUCAAUCAGUUGUGCGGUUAACAUCCUGCCAAACAAGAGUAGUGUGGUCCCUGUUAGCCAACCAAAACAGAUGUCUGCUAAAAGGGCUAGAUCAGCCAGGAGAAAAGAGCCGAAACAGAGGAGAAGCAUGUGCCGAAUUGCUGCAAGGCCAGCACAUAAAAAGGCCUCCGAGAAAAAUGUUACGGAAGGACUUUCGUCCACUACAACAGACAUUGAAUUCAUGAAUUCUACUGGUGAAGAUAAGAGCAUUAAAACUAACACUCAGACCAAAUCUGUGGUCAUCAGUGUUGCUUCAACAUGCAGCAGUUCUUCAGCCAUCUGUGUUAGUUCAAGUAGUAAAACAACUGACAGUACUGUCUGUUCUUCAACAAAUGGAUCUAAGGUGACUUCCCUAGUGGAUGGAGCAUCAAAAAGUAAAGAGAAUUCUACUGAUAUCAACACCUCAUCCCACAGUUUAACGGUUAGUACAGUUAAUACUGCUGUAAGUUCACCGCAGGGUAGUUUAGCAGUCCAUACAAAUAGUGGUGCCAUUUUAAGUUCUGAUAUUGACAUUCAACCAAAUGAGUCAACAGGUAGUGUUGUUCUAUCCUCACAGUGUAGCACAUUGGACAGUAGUUUUCAAGAGACAAGAUCAGUGAUGAGUGGUAAUUCCACAACCAGUGCACUGACUGAAACAGUUUCUCCAAACAAGUUGGCCAACAGCAUUUCUACAAGCUGCAGACCAACACAAUCAAAUGCCAGUUUAGCCCAGGAUAAACCGACAUUGGCCAGUGUUAGCUCUACAGAAAAUAAAUUGGUGGUUUCAUCUGUUGAUUCUGCACUUCACCUACCACAGAGUACUCAUUCAGACACCAGUGUUGGUCCAACAAAGAGUGGACCAGCAGUUUCCCUCUUGCAGAACAUUUCACAAGUUCAAGCUAAGCCUGCAAGAGAGGCUAACUGUAAAUCAGUGGACUCUCCACAGAUUCAGACACAUUUUCCUUUGCCUGCAACAUCAGCUUCUUGUUCAGGUCCAUCUAUAUCACUACCCUCAGACUCAGCACCCCCUGUUCUGUCUCAAGGGUCUAGGAACACUUUUGGCAAGCCACGUAAACAGCCAGAAAUUAAUAUCCCUAUGCCACCCACUAGUCGCAUUGAUUCUAUGAGUGUCAAGCUCACAGAAUCAAAUCCGAGCAAAGAACCUGUCAGAGGUGAACAUUCAAGUGAAACCCCAGCGAAUGUAACAGAAACAGAGUCGUUCUCACAAAAAGAGACUGUUCUUUCACAGGAGGCAUCUAAUUUGGAAAAUGAAUCCUUUGAGUCCCCACUAGCAACAAAUAGACAGACUGAUUCACCAAUGGCAGGAGGUUCAGGUAGCCGGGGAUUUUCAGUUGCAUCGUUGCUUCCAACAGGGCAAAAUAAUACAGCUUGUCCUAAUACAUUUGGAGCUUUUAGCUUCACCUCUGAGCAGGCAGAAAUCUUAGCAAUGGCUGCUAGAGCCAUAUUUGAGCAAGACAGCCCAUCAAGAAGGAGUAGUAGUUGUAGUGGUGACAACCCAUCAAGUACACCUGCCACUGGUUGGGAUCUCCCAAAAACACAGCAAACCCCUAUCAUCAAAGAAAGGGUCACAAAUCAGCAGCUAAAGCAAGCAAAGCAGGCUGACUUAAAUGUGUCAAAGACUCCGUCACAGGUUUCGGUCCGAGGUCCUCUGGUUGAGGUUUCGGGUAGUGGUACAACUGGUGUCCGACUUCCACUGAGCAUGGCUUAUUCUCAGUCGCAACCUAGCACCCUCACUAGUCUUAAUGUCAACAACCUUAUCAGGCCAAGCUCUAUCCAGCCUUACCCAGGGUCUCCUAACCUUGGUCAGCAAGUAUCUGUUCCAUCACCAGGGGGCGCGGCAAUUCUGGUGUCUCAGUCAUCAUCUCAGGUUACGCCAAGCUGCUCUGGCCCAGGGCAAGUUAAUGAAUAUACACCUUUGAAAAGUGCCCUGAUGCGGACACAUGUAGGCACGGGAAUAGCUGAACGACAUCAGAAAGAUAUGCCAAAACGUUCUGCCCAAGAGGACCUUGUUCUUCCUAUUAACAAGCGUUCAAAGCCAUGCCCAGCUGCCAGUGUUGGAAGGAUAGAUGUUAAGGCGACAGAACAUGUCCAAGUGAUGUCUGGGCAAAUGCCCCCUAGCUCCUCAACAGUUAUGACAAGGAAUCACUCUGAUGGAGGAGGGCCGCUCUUUUCUGGUAACACUUUCAUGAGCACUGUGCUUCGGCCAUCUGAAGGACACUGCCCUACUCAGCUGGCACCCCAAGAACAAAAUCAAUCUGGUGUUGUGCACCUUCAACAGGGGCACACACAGCAUGGCACUCCACAGCCUGGCCAGAAUGUAGGAGGCAACCUUUACCUCAAACAUCAGCAACAACAGGAGCAGCAGAGACACCUCUACCAACUUCAUCACCAUCUUACACAACCAGACACUCAGAUCCACGGUAUUCAGCAGAGGACUUUGCUACAAGAUCAGCAUGUUCACAAAAAGAGAGUAGUGCGUGGUGGUCAGACAGGGCCUCCUGUUGGUUUGCAGAAACAACAUCACUUGGAAAAGAGUGGUGUGCAGCAGCAACAACAGCAUCCACAGCAGCAGCACCAACCGCAGUCUCAGCAGCACCAACAGCAAGCUCAGCAACACCAACAGCAGCAGCAGCAACAACAGCAGUCCCAGCAGCACCAACAUCAGCAGCAAUCACAGCAACACCAAUCGCAACAAAAACAACAACUUUCCCAACAGCAACAGGCACACCAGCAGCAACAACAGCAGCAAAUACAGCAACAGGGCUCACAUUCACGCCAUCAGCAUCUUCAGCAGCAGAUUCAGCAGCAGCAACACUUUAGCAGUAGACAGGAAAAGAAUUGUGAGGGCCAACAGGCUGGUCCCAGGACUCAUCAAAGCGGCCAUUUAAAUCAGCAGGACCGCCAGCCUGGGCAGGAUCAUGGAGCUAUGCAAAGACUAAUGGGUUCUCGCACUUUAGAACAGCAGUUGACCUCUCAGGCUAGCAAUCCUGUUUCUCGGUCAUCAGAUCUUGCCUGUACUCCUUCACGACAGGAACGCCAUCGCCUCUCUAGUUAUUCUGCUGAAGCACUUAUUGGUAAGACUUCAUCUGCUGGUGACCAACGCCUAGGGCUUCAUCUCCAGGCCUCUCGUGGCAAUUCACAGGAUCAGUCAGAAUUACAAGUUUAUGUUGACUCCUCGCGUGGUAAAGGAAAUAUUGCUCACAAUCCUCAAAGUAGGCUACCCCAAGAUCACCCUGGAACUGCAGACAUCCAACGAAUUUCAGAGUGUUUGCCUUUCAAAACUCUUGUUGGUGGACAUCAAAUAAGCAACUUCGAAGUGCAGGUGUCUCGAAGUGGUGACAUGAGCAGUAAAUCUGUGGCACCAGUUCAGAGGGGUCCUCAAGCACAAGCAGGGUUCAGAAUAGGGGCUGGUCCUUCUGGGGAUGGACGUGCCCGUGGUAAUUAUGGGACACAUCCUUCAGCACAGGGGGUACAAUCUGGAGCAGGGCUGCCACGUGAGCAAGAUGCAUGCCACCAGAGCUUUAUGCAAAGUCUCUUGGCUCCGCACCUUCCUGAUCAAAGUGGACACCAGAGAGCUACACAGGUAUGCCAGUCAUCAAGUGUAGAGUAUAACUGUGUUCCUGGGGUUUCUUCUGGAGACCUACAGGCAAAAGCCUCAAGUCCUAACUUGCACGCUACACAGACUGCUCCUCCCAUGCACCUUGGGGACAACAAUAAAGGACAUAUUUCUCAGGUUAGUGGGAAUUUGCAUGGCUCUGCUGUGAGAUCAGUUCUCCCCCAUCCUCCUUCAACACCACACAGUAGCUCAGAUACAGGGCGUGCACAAGGCUCCACAAGGUCUCUUUCAGCUGUCAGUCAACGAACUCACCAUAUUGGACCAGAUCCGCAAAGCACAAAGAUCCGUCCAGUAGAUCGACCUAGAUCAGGCAACUUGAGACCGGUAAACUCAUUUGAACCUGAGGGUUCCUUGACACUUCCAUCAAGUGGAGGAGUAUUGCUUGGACGCCCACAGACAGGUGGUGAAAGUCGACGUAGAAGUAUUGUGCGUUUCAUGGCAGAUGGUGCACAGGUCAGCAGUGACAACAACUUGGUUUCAGAUCAGCAUCUCACCCAGAACUUUGGUUUUUCCUUUAUUGCUGAGGGAGGCAUGAAUCCUCCACCUCCAAUUAACGCAAAUGCAUCUUUCAUUCCCCCAGUCACCCAGCCCAGUGCCUCACGCACUCCUGCUCUCCUCCCUGUAGAGCCCCAAAACACUCUCCCUUCUUUCUACCCUUCAUAUUCACCUGCUGCUCAUCCAAGCCUUCCAAGUGAGAUUCCUUUACAGUAUUUCUCUAACCAGAUGUUUACAAGCCCAAGUGCUGAUAAAAGUAGCACUGCCCCUCUUAACAAUCGCUUUGGCUCUAUUCUCUCUCCACCUCGUCCUGUGGGCUUUGCACAGGCAAGCUACCCACUGCUUACGGAUAUUACACCAAUGCCUAUAGCAAACUCCUCAGGCAUUACUCCUCAUUUAUCAAAUUUUAACCUGACUUCCCUGUUCCCUGAAAUAGCCACAGCCAUGCCCCCUGAUGGCUCCUCUAUGCCAAUGUCCCCUUUACUGUCCCUUGCCAAUACUUCCUCAUCUGACUCCAACAAGCAGUCUAAUCGCCCAGCCCACAAUAUCAGUCACAUUCUUGGCCAUGAUGGGACCUCUGCUGUUUAAAGAUGCAGAUUAUGAAAUAUUCACCCAAUGUCAGUACUACCUAAAUAUAAACAUUGUCUUUUUCUGCUAACUCAAGUGAAAUUUUGAUUAUCUGAUGUGUUUGGGCUGUGCUUUACCUAGGUGUUAUUGGUGAACUCAUCUGUUUGUCUUUCUGAGCCAUUUUAAGCAUAAAACACUGUCUGGUAUAUGUGGGUUAAUUCAUAAUUGACAGAAAAUAAUCAGCCUGUCCCAAAGUUCACACUUGUUUCAUUAUGUUUGAGAAGUGUGUCCCAUUUGCCAAACAUACAAAAACAUGGUGCACAAGACCAUACCCUUGUCCAAAUACCGCAUUAAAGCAGUAUUGGGCUGAGUACAUAUCCCACAUUCUAACAGGUUGUUUUGAAAAUGUUGGGGUACAACAUUAACAUUGAGAGGAUUAUUGCAAGUGUGUGUUCUGCAAAUGGUACAUAUCCACAGACUGCAAGUGUGGUCUCUGACACAAUUUAAAUUGAUUAAUUUCCAAUGUAAAGGAGUUUGAUCCAAGUCUAGGCUCGUAGUAUGCAAUUUUUACUUUUAAUCAUUGUAGGAAGAGCAGCCCUGCCUGUUUAGGCCUAGAUUUGUGUUCAGUAGUAACAACAACUGAGGUGUCAAAUGCCUAAAUGUCUAAAGCAGUUAUUACUUGGCAUACGUUGCCACGACGAAUAUACCCAGUGUUUUUUGUGAACGAUCACAGCCUCGACUGAUCUUUCAAUAACUAUGGCUGAUGGACUUUUAAAGGACUUGCUUUGUUAAAGUUCUUUUUAAAAAAUUUUCCAUCUCUUAAAGAGAGUAAGGUUUUUCAUUGAUUAGUGGAAUAUCAACGAGUUAAAAUACUUUUACUUAUUUAUGUACAACUCUUGGUGUUGUGUAGAUACUGUAAAUACUCAAAGGCGAUUAUUAAAAUGUUUUUGUUUUGU